AUGAAAUGUUUAAAUAGAUAAAAAAAUAAUAUUUAAAUAUAAAAAAUAUUAAUAUAAGAUUAAAUAAAUUAAUUUAUAUAUUAAAAAAUAUAAAUAAAAAAUAACAAUAAUUAUAAUUAUAAUAAUAAAAAUAAUAAUAAUAAUAAUAAUAAUAAUAAUAAUAUUAAUAUUAAUAAUAAUAAUAUGUUUAUAAUUAAUAUUUUUUUAAUAAAACAUAUUUUUAAUUUUUAUAUUUUUAUUAUAAAAAUAAAUAAACAAUUUUUUAUAAAAAUAAAUAUUUAUUUAUUCGAAAUUUUAUAAUUAUUGUUACUUUUUAAAAAAAUUAAUAAAAAAAUUUAAUAAUAAAUAAACUAUAUAAUUAUUUAUAAUAUUUUAUAAUAAUAUUUUUAUUAUUUAAUAAUUUAUCAAUUUAUUUCUCAAAUUAAAAAAUAAGGGUUUAUUUUGUUCUCUAAUAAUAAUUAUAAUUAAUUAUAAUAAUUUUUUAUAAUAAUUAAAAGUUUAAUAUUAUACAUAUUUAAAUAUUCAUCUUUAAAAUAACUAUUAACAUAAAAUAAUAAUAAUACAUAAUUCAUUAUUUUUAUAUUAAUAUAAUUUUCAAGAUAUAUUGUUAAAUAAUUUUAAAAAAUAAUUUUUUAAUUUAAUUUAAUUUAAUAAAAAUAAAAAUUAUACAAAAAUAUAAAAAAAAAUUAUUAAAAUUUUUUUUUUAUAAAAAAUAUAUAAAAUAUAAAUUUUAAUUACUAUUAUUUAAAAAUCUUCACAAUAAUAGUCCAAAUACAGCAUAACUAAUUAUAAAAACCAAUACCUCUUUAAAAAUAGUAGUUUAUUAUAUAUUUUCAUCUAUAUUUAUAUGUAUAACUCCAUUAUUUAUUUAGUUGCAUGAUUUUGAAAUAAUAUCUAAGUAAUAUCCAGGAAAACAAUAAAUACAAACGUUUUUCUUACAAUUUAGACAAUUACUAAAUUUAUUAAAACAAAGAUCACAUUUUUAUUUUUAUUAAUUGAAAUAAUAAAUUGAUUUAAAUUUAGUGCAUACUCCAUAUUAAUUACAUUAUUCACAUUUAUAAGAACAUUAUAUUUUAUUUUAUUCAUCACCUUUAGGUAUUAAAGUACAUUAUUCUGCAAUACUAUCUUAUUAAAAUCCAGGUAGACAUUCGAGGCAAAUAUUUUCAUUACAAUUUAAA